CAUGAGCUUUCACAUGAUGAUUGCAAACAGCGAACAGUAGAAGUGUUUCAACAGAGGAUGAUGGCAGAGAUUCUGCGCGCCGCAUCAGUCUCUCUGGCUCUGUGAACUCACACGGUGCACUGGAAGAGCCGUACGACAGGAAAGUUUGUGUGUAUGUGUGUCUGUGCUGCUCAGUGGGAUGGUUUCAGAUCUCCCUAAGGUGCUGAUACUGGGGGCCAUCGCUGCGGCCUCUGCCUUUGUCGUCACCAUCCUCAUCGUACUGGUGUGUGUGGGGUGUCAGAGAAAAAGCAAAAGCAAACAUGCCCACACCAAUGGAGGGGGUCAGAAAACAGAAACAGCUGCUCUGCGCCAGUCCAAGCUGAACUCCAUGAGUAAAUCUGACACCCGCCUGCAUGAUAUGAACCGGCUGCCCUGCAAUGCCAAUGGCGCCCCUAAGAGCCGACCGGCCAGCAUGGACCUCCUACUCCUGCACACCCGGCACUCCAACUCUGACCUCCGACCCCUGAGCUCCACCUGCCAGGUCCCUCAAGUAUCCAACACCUCUGAGAAUGACGAGCGUGAACACACCUACUCCGAAGUUUGCCGUCGCCCGUCUCCCAUGCCCAACCCCACAGACGACGGCCUUUACGAGAGUGUUGGGAUUAAAGGGGCAGGACCUGAUGCAGCUCCCCCGCCACCUGCCCCUCACCUCACAUCGACCAUCACGUCCGUCCAGCACCAUAACCAUAGUCCAACCCUCAGUGGGAAUGGACGAGGCAGAGGGGGCAUAAAUGGCAUAAGUCAGGAGGCGGUGACAGCAGAGUACGCCUCCAUAGGGAAGGUGAAGAAGCUGGAGCGUGGCAGGAGGGAGGAAGUGGUGGAAGACGAGAGGGAACAGCACAGUGUGUCCAGUACUGAGUCCUCCAGCAGCACCUUGCACAGGAAAACAGUGGAACCAUUUCACCUACCGAAUUUCCCAAAGGAGGCAGUGUUCAUGGGAAAUGGUGAGCAGUACAUUUGGAAACCACCAGAAGAGGAUGAAAUCAUGAUGCCAGGGGUUCCUCCACUGGAGAACGGACACAGCCAUCCCACCACAGUUGAGAUCUCUGACAUGUACUCUACCGUUUGUAAGACCUUGAAGAGAAGACACCAAAAGGCCCAAAGCCAAGAGGAUAACAGGCCGACAGGCUCUACAGCGUCUGAAGUGGUGGAGCAGGGCUCGGGGGGUGCUGUGGACUGGCCCGCUGGCGGUGCUUCAGGGGAAGAAGCAUGGGGGAAGAGUUGCUCCCAGGAAGAGCCUUGCUAUGAACCCGUGGGCGAGAAGACGUGGCCUCGGGGCCUGGCGCUAGAGUCAGACCCGGCUUACGCCACCAUCGAUUCCCACCGGAAACGGGAGAAGCUGGCCAGCAACACGCUGAAGCCCAAAAAGAAGCCUGGAGGUCCGCCUCAGGGGCCAGGAAGAGCCAUGACUUGCGAGAACUUUUACGAGUCUAUCGGUGAUGUGAAGCAAGGGGCAAAUGCAGCGAGCACCACCACUAUCUUUACCUUCAAUGACGGAAUGGAAAUGUAUGUUACAGGGCUAUAA